UGUCGUGAGCGAAAGUCCUCAAUGGUUUGCAUUCAUAGCUGGGAAACUCACAAGAUUUUCAUCCACUUGCAGUGUGUUGUAUCAUGGAGUUGUGCUUUACAACGCAGUGAAAUCAUCUAGGAAUUCUGCGUUGGUUUCCUACUUUCAGCCUUCAUACAUUGAAAUGUGGUGCCCUGACGGAGGCGUGUCUAGGGUGUCUACCCUGUAAAUUGGAAUCAACGGGAUCAUUUCGUCCGUCUGACAGCCACUUCCACGCGAAAUGUUAAGCGGCGGUCGGAUAUUUCGUAAAAAAUUGGCUCUCAUUUUGUUGGCCAUCUUUUGUGUCCCCUUCACCGUCAUUCUUCUGCAUCGAGACGACAGUAAUUACACAGCCCUUUUUUUCUUAAUUUUCACACGUUGCAAAUCCUUUUCAAUAUGUGCUCGAAUAGAUGGAGCUCGUUUGGAGGAGGAACUUACUUCGGAAAUUGCUCAUCUCCGACAACGCGUCUCGCAGGUUGAAAUGAUUAACCAGGCACGGCGGAGGGACUUGGCUCUCCUGACACAGCACGUCAAUCGAUCUCUACCAUGGAAUUACACUAAUGGGGAAGAAAUCGCAGAACUGUCUCGUUUGCUUUUGGACCCCGAUCGCAGCCAAAACUUGCGUCUGCCCAACAUUUUCUCUUUCUUGCCUUACCUGCUCAAUAAUCCGCUCAGCACUGUGCCAGCUUUUGUCCUCGGGCAAGGAAAGACUUACGCGUCGAUUGUGCUCGGUGUUCCGACGGUUAAACGCGAAUCACAGUCGUACUUACUACCGACUUUGGCUAGUUUGAUUGCAUCCAUGAACGAAGAAGAGAAGAAUGAUACUCUAAUCAUCGUUUUUGUAGCAGAGACGGAUAUUGAAUACGUCUCGGUGAUAGCAGAGAAGAUUAAGAAGCAGUUUGGAGAUGCAUUGCAGAGUGGACUUCUAGAAAUCAUUUCGCCGCCAUCUUCUUUUUAUCCCGAUCUGAACGAGCUGCGGGUCACGCUAAAUGAUCCUGUUGAGCGGGUCAAAUGGCGGACGAAGCAAAAUCUCGAUUACGCUUUCUUAAUGAUGUAUGCGCAAUCGCGGGGGAUGUACUAUGUCCAAUUGGAAGACGAUAUACUAACAACAUCCGGCUAUGUUACUAAAAUGAAAAAUUUCGCUAUUAAAAAAGAGGCCAUGAACCUCGACUGGUUUCUCUUGGACUUUUGCCAAUUGGGAUUCAUUGGAAAGAUGUUCAAGAGCACGGAUUUAACCUACAUUAUCCAGUUUGCCAUAAUGUUCCAUAACGACAAGCCUGUUGAUUGGCUACUGGAUCCAAUCAUCGAAACCCGAUACUGUCCUCACGAUACGAAAAAAUGCAAUCAGAUCAAACUCCUCAAGUGGAUACACUUCAAACCGUCUCUAUUUCAACAUGUGGGCACAACUUCAUCACUCAAGGGCAAAGUGCAGAAACUUAAGGAUAAGAAUUUCGGCAAGUUGCCACUGUUCACGCCGCACAAAAACCCAUCGGCCAAAGUGACCUCGCCCAUCAAAGCGUACAAGCAAUUUACGAUCCAACGAGCAUAUCGAGGCGAUUCUUUCUUUUGGGGUCUGAUGCCUCAAGCCGGCGACGAUAUUGUUUUCGAAUUUCACACGCCAGUUGCGCUUCAUGGAUACCGCUUGCGGAGUGGCAACCAUGAGCACCCGUCGGAUUUGUUGUACAACACGACGGUUGAAAUCCGGCCGGUCGAAUUUGAAAGAGUAAAGGAAUCCCUAAAAAUAUCAUCCAAUGAAAAAUUUAUUGGCGUCGGCGAGUUCAACGACCUCGGUAUAGCAGAGGGUAAGAUCGACGCCAGCCUUUUUGGACCAAUUAGCGCUGUACGCCUGGUUAUUAAGAGUGCCAGUAAAAAUUGGGUCAUAAUUUCUGAGAUUAUGUUUGAUAAAGGAGGUGGAUAGUAGAUUGUGGAAAUAUAGGACAAAACAAUGAUAAAAGUAAAUACCAAAACCUUUCAGUGCCAUUCUCCAACAUGAGCCAAAAUCAGCUGAACGAGAAAAAUGAAACAAAGCUAAUAUAGCCAUGUUUGAAAAUGGAUAUGAGAGUUCAUCAACUAUUCUUUUUUUUUUUGUCUUUCUGGUUUUGCUGAGUACUAUUUACAUGAAAUAACUUCACAUAGUCGACAAUCCUAUACUGUACUUACAAGAAACGAAUAUGUUCCUGUAUGCUUGCUUCGUCACUAAAUGUCACCCCAUGGGGAAGGACAGCUUGGUCACUCCUGUUAAAAAGGCAUGAUUGGUGGCUGAAUCACUAAUACGCGGUCGACUUAUGUGAUUUCCUCGUAUUUAACAUUUAAAACCAGGUACCACUUAAUAUUUAUGUACAUAAUUUGUUGCUCUUUUAUAAUGUUUGGUUAUUAUUGUUGUACGGUGCUAUGUUCUGAUGUUGAUCUGAAAAUAGUAUCUUGUCGUCUGUAAUGUGCAAUAAACGCACGUGUUUUUCGUUUUUUUUUUCAAA